CAAUAAUUAGUUUGAGCUCAUACUGGUAUUACUAUUUCUUAUCCGCAACGCUUAUCAACAAACGACAAUAAUAUGAUCGGCAAAUGGUGUCGGCAUUCUUCAUUCUAUUUUGCUGCUUAUCAUUAAGCCACUGGACGUUAUUUCUACUCCAUCCAGGAUUGCAUAAUGUUCCAAGUACGACCAAAUCUGUAUAGCCGAAUCCUAAAGCCGUUGGUAAAUUGUACCAUAUCGCAACGCAAUAAUCACAUAGAAACAAAAGUAAAACUUAGUGACGGCAUCACCAUCAAUUAUGUACAAAGGGGCAAAGGGGACAAAAACGUAUUGCUAAUGCCUGGUGGACUUGGCUCUGGCUGGUCACAUUUCAAACCACAAAUUGAAAAGCUACCUGAGCUGCUACCAAAUCAUACAAUAAUUGUAUGGGAUCCGCCCGGUUAUGGAAAGUCGGUACCGCCAGAACGACGCUUUGAUCACGACUUUUUACAAAACGAUGCACGUUGUGCUGUAGAGCUGAUGCAUACUUUAGGAAGACCCAAAUUUUCUGUAUUAGGAUGGAGUAAUGGCGGCGUAACUGCCAUCAUUGUGGCGGGUCGUUUUGUCGAAUGUGUCGAAAAAUUAGUUAUAUGGGGUGCGGGUGCUUAUUUGAAUGCUGAAGACGAAAAAACAUUGCGAGUUUUGCGCGAUGUGCAGAAAUGGUCACAACGGAAUCGUGAAGCAAUGGAGAAAGUAUACGGUGUAGAAGGAUUUCCAAAAUUGUGGUCUGCGUUGACUGAUGCUCUGCUUGCAAUUUAUAAAGAUCGUAAAGGAGGUUAUUGUUGCACAGAAGUAAACCAAAUAAAAGCGCCAACUUUUAUAUUGCAUGGCAAGAAGGAUCCAAUGAUUGAUGCCGAGCACAUACCAUAUCUAAGGGAACGUAUAAAAGAUUGCAAAUAUUAUGAAUUCCCCGAAGGCAAACAUAAUAUUCAUCUACGUUAUGCAGACGAGUUCAAUAAAUUGGUAGCGGAUUUCUUAACGCAAAAGCCCUAACAUCGUACUGAAAGCAAAACAAUUUGAUAUACAGGGUUUGUUCGUAAAGUAAUAGUAAUAAUACUGAGUUGAAAUAGGGUCCUUCUGCGUCGAUGCAGCGCUGCCAGCGCGAUUUCCAAGCAUUGAAGGCAUCACGGAAGGCAUUCUCUGGCAUAAACUUGAGAGCUGAGGCACAUGCUGCUUGGAUCCCCUCUCUCGUCUCAAAAUGCUCGGAAGAUUGCCUCUUUGUCUCGGGAUCAUACUAAAAGAUCCAUGACUCGUCACCUGUGAUUACGUUAUUCCAAAAUUGGGGGUCCCUUCCACACAUGUUCAAAUUUUCUUAGCUUACUGCCACUCGCCGCAAUUUCUGGUCGUCAGUGAGCACUUUUUGGACCAUCUUCGCGCACACCUUGCUCUCGUUCAAGUGCUCCGUCACAAUGUCAUGAACCACAGAAUUUUAUAAAUUUAACAUCUGUACAAUUAAACGAAUACUUAGUCGACGGUCUAAGUUCAAAACUUUGUGCACACGAGUCACAUUGUCGGUCUCCCAGCACGGUUUUCAUCAGCGACCUCUUUCCCGCCCUCCAAAAAGGCCGGGUGCCACCAAACCACAAUUCUUCUUGCUAAACCAACAUCUGAGUAAGCCUGCUUGAUCAUAUCAAACAUCUCUGUCGCAGAUUUACCGAGUUUCACACAGAAUUUAAUCGUGUACCUCUGCUCUAACAAACGCUGCAUUUUCGGCUUGCACCGCCGUCGCGACGGAAGAAAAUAAGUCCUAUUACUUUCCGGCCAAACCCUGUACGUAUAUAUAUGUAUGUAUAUCCUCGAUGACCUUUUGGUAAUCCCGCAGCCAACAGAACCGAUUGUGCUAAUGUGUUGUUUAAAUGUUAAUUCGUCUUAAGUGAAAAGUAAAACUUUUUUACUAUUUAGAUAUAUUUAUAAACACAUGUAUAUGUAUAUAAAUAAAAUAUAUAAAAAAUAUGUUAUAA